AUGUACAAGCGAGUUGAUCGCAAGAUCAAACCCGUACCUGGCAUAUUUCCCGAGGACGCACGAGUUAUCCGCCAAUUUCCAGAAAAUCCUUUAUUAUCGCUACCGACGUUAUCAGUCAUGCCCCCUGAAUUUAAUCCAACAUCGAAAUUUACGGCAGAACAUAUAGCCAAAAUGGGGAUAAAUGCAGAUGGCUUUCUCUGGCCCGAAGAA